AUGCUUCGGCUCUCCGCAUCGCGCGCAUUGCCGCGGAUCCCGCACCGCGCAUUGCGCCUCGAUUGCCGCUGCGCUUCGUCGCUCAAUAUUCCCGCCGCGCAGUAUCCAAUCAGCAGCCCCGCCCAUUCCGCACGUUCUCGAACCCCAGCUGUCGCUCCGCACAGCGCCACGUCAGCAUCGUCCAUUUGCGGUACUAGUUUUCUCUCGGGCGCGCCGAAAGCGCGGAAAUCGGCCGGAAAUUUCUCUUCCAAGUCGUCUCGCGGCGCGUCGUUUUCUUAUCGUCGCUACGCUUCUGCUGCCGCCUCUGCCGCCGCAGAUGGCGGCGUGGUAUCCGCUGCAGCUGCGGCAGUCGCGGAGCGAGCGUCGGCGGGAGUUAAGGAGAGCGCGAGCAGGCCCAACCUGCUGGACGUGUUGAGGGAGAGGGGUCUGGUUGAUGCAGUCACGAGCGAGGCGUUCCGGGAAGCGGCAGAGCACCCUCUGAAGAUCUACGUCGGAUUCGACCCCACCGCUGAGUCACUGCACCUGGGAAAUCUCCUGGGCAUCAUAGCUCUCGCAUGGGCGCAGCGCUGCGGGCACACAGCAGUGGCGCUGCUGGGGGGGGCAACAGCGCGAGUGGGGGACCCGUCGGGGAAGAGUGUGGAGCGGCCGGUGAUGGAUGAGGAGACAAUCGCACGUAACAGCAGUGGGAUUUAUAAAGUGCUUGAAGACAUCCUCUCACGCCCGGAAAACCAAGGGACCGUUCCAGGUGGAAGGCUAGAGCUAGUGAACAACUACGACUGGUGGAAGGGUGUUUCGCUGCUUGAGUUCCUGAGGGACGUGGGCAAGCAUGCGCGGGUGGGGGCGAUGAUGGGCAAGGAGAGUGUGAAGAAGCGACUGGCGUCAGAGGAGGGGAUCAGCUACACCGAGUUCACGUACCAGCUGCUGCAGGGCUAUGACUUCGUGCAUCUCUAUAAAGAGAAGGGCAUCACAGUGCAGAUGGGCGGCAGCGACCAGUGGGGGAACAUCACUGCCGGCACUGACCUGCUUCGACGGCUGCAGGCAGCAGGGGUUGUCCCCUCCAGGGUGCCCACAGGGGGGGAGGGGCAGCAAGCGGAGCACCAGGAGAAGUCAAGCGAGCAGCAGGAGGGGGAGCAGGGGGAGCGGGGGCCAAGUGUGUUUGGGUUAACUUGGCCGCUGCUGCUGCGUAGUGAUGGGAGCAAGUUUGGCAAGUCGGAGGGUGGAGCCAUCUGGCUGUCUGCUGCCAUGCUCUCGCCCUACAAGUUCUACCAGUACCUUUUUGCCACACCUGAUGCUGACGUCAUCAAGUUCCUGCGCAUGCUCACCUUCCUGCCCGUGGCCGAGAUCGACCAAUGGGAGGCCGCCAUGUGCCAGCCGGGCUACGAGCCAAAUGCCGCCCAGAAGCUGCUGGCACAGGAGGUGACUCGUUUUGUGCAUGGGGAGGAGGGCCUACAAGAAGCGCUAAGAGCCACACAAGCCCUUGCACCAGGUUCCACCUCCACCAGACUAGACCCAGCCACGCUCGAAGCCAUUGCUGCUGACGCGCCCUCCACCUCGCUCCCGUGGGCCGACGUGAUUGGCCGAACCGUUGCUGACGUGGCAGCGGCGUCCAAGCUAGUGGGGAGCAAGGGGGCGGCUAGGAGGCUUGUGCAGCAGGGAGGGAUGUAUCUGAAUAACGAGAAGGUGGGGGAGGGGGAGAGGGUGGUGGGGGAGGAGGAUUUGGUGGGGGGAAGCAUGCUGCUGCUGGGAUCAGGGAAAAAGAACAAGAUGAUUGUGAGAGUGGAGCGGUGA